AUUGUUAUUUCCACCAUGGUGUUUACUAAAAUGUAAAUAAAACUGUUGUCAAAAGACCGGGGCUGAAAUUUAAUCACAUUACAUAGUAUUGUAAUACUGGAAAGGGAACGCUUUAUUUUACUGAAUAUUUCCCUCCCUGAAAGCUUCGCGUGUGCAGUGAAAGAAAACCAAGAGAACACAAAAUGAUAGGAUUUCAAACAACACGAUUUUUUAACUUACCGUGGCUGUCUUCACUGUACAGUACUCACUGUAGAGUUGCCCAUAAAUCGACAAUUUAUGCAUUAUCUUCAGGUUAUGGGAAAUGCGGCGUAGCGGUUAUUAGAGUUUCGGGACCAAAAGCAUCUGAAGUUAUUUUUAAUAUUGGCGGAAUGAACAUAUUGCCUCAACCUAGAUUUGCCAAAUUAUGUAAAUUGAGAGAUCCUGAGACAAAAGAGAUUUUAGAUAAAGGAUUGUUGAUGUGGUUCCCAGGAGAAUUUACAAGACGUGCCUUUGACUUCGGGAAAUUGGACUUAACUGAAGUUGAGGGUCUUGGAGACUUACUGUCAGCUGAGACAGAAGCUCAACGCAAACAAGCAUAUUUGCAAAUGGAGGGAUCACUUAGUAAUUUGUAUAAUUCAUGGAGACAAACCCUCAUAAAAUGUGUUGCCCAUUUGGAAGCAUUUAUUGACUUCAGUGAAGAUGAAAAUAUUGAAGAUAAUAUCAUGGUUCUAGUUAAUAAUAUUUUAAAUGAAUUAGAGAAAGAAAUUCAGGAACAUGUGCAUCAGAGUAAAUGUGGAGAACGAUUGAGAGAAGGAGUUCGAACUGUCAUCAUUGGAGAGCCGAACGUGGGGAAAAGUAGUUUACUUAAUAUUUUAUGUAAUCGUCCAGCAGCAAUUGUUACUCCAAUUGCAGGAACUACUCGAGACAUUGUAGAACUUCAUAUGAAUAUUGGUGGUUAUCCUGUUCUUUUGGCAGAUACAGCUGGCCUUCGAAGUGAAACUAAAGAUGAAGUUGAAAUUGAAGGGAUGACAAGAGCUAAAUCUGCUGCCAAGUCUUCAGAUCUAAUUCUAUUUGUAAUAGAUGGUGCAGACUGUGUACAUAAGAUGGACCAAAAUAAAAUUAAUUUUGAAAAUUUCAUUCAUAAUUAUUUAGUUUCUCUUAGAAUGCAAGAUUUUGCAGAUAUUUUGGUGAAAGAUGUAUUAGUGAAAAAGAACAAAGUUUCUAAAAGUAUAAAAGAAGAGGCACAUUAUCAUCAGAAUUUCAAAUCUUGUCUUGUAAUAUUAAAUAAAUAUGACUUAGUUGACAAUCAUACCGUGAUAAAUGAGGUAGCUGUUAAUUAUCACAAUGUUGUUAAUAUUUCUUGUAAGACUAAGGAAGGAAUGAGUACACUUCAGACCAAACUGGAAUCUCAUUUAAAAGAUUUAUGUGGAAAUCCCACCCGAGAGAGACCUAAUUUUACUCAAGCUCGUCAUCGCCAUCAUCUUUCAUUUUGUUUAACAUCUAUUAAUGAUUAUUUCAGCAUAUACAAUAACAACGGUGACUUGGUUCUUGCUGCUCAAAAAUUAAGAAAUGCUUUAAGACACAUUGGUAAAAUUACAGGUCAUGUUAAUGCUGAACAAAUACUUGAUGUUAUUUUUAAAGACUUCUGUAUUGGAAAAUAGUUCAUUAAAUUCUUAAUUAUUUAUUUAUGUAUUUUUUAUUUACUCAUUCACUUUCUAGUUUACUUCAUUGUUAGAGAAAGUUAUGUAAUGGUACAGGAAAAAGAGCCAAUUUUGGACACAAGAAAAUGUUUUGGGGGUUCCUGAUACUGAGAAAGUGGAUUUUUCUGCUCCUGAAAGUAGUAAAUUACUAUUCCAUAAACAGAGUGUAGUCAGAAUUCACAUUUUAUGGAUCCUUGAUAUUGCAAAAGUAAUCAUCAUCAUCAUCAUCAUUAUCAUCAUCAUGGUGAUCAACACC